AUGUCUUCUGCCAACAAGACUCCUAAGAAGGAUGGCCCUCCCAUGGAGGAGAACCCCAUCACCCCGCCUCGUCCGCGCAUCAUCUGCCCGGGCUGUUCGACGGAGCUGACCGUCCACAACACCGUGGGCACAACCGAAGCAUUCAUUCUUGCCACCGUCGUGGACAUGAAGAAAUUGGGAAUGGACUGCAACAACCCUUCUUGCCCUCUCUUCAUUGAGGGCCUACCGGAGAUCCCCAACAAGGCUAGGGCAAACCCUAACGUGGAGAAAUAUGUCUCAAUGGCCAAGCGAGACUACGACACCAUCAACGCCAAAGAGAAGGCGGCCAAAGAUCAAGCCAACCAAGCUGCUGAGGCUGAGGCCUCUCGCAUUGGAAGCAACGUCACCAGCCAGUGGCAAUUCCUUCAGGCCAAGGUGAAGAAGUCCGAGGAGGACAAGGACGGCCGCUCUCCCCGGGAGUAG